GCGCUGCAUCCAACACAGUUUUCCCGGCAUGUCAGAGCCAGCUGAUCCGGCAGGCAAACAUUCUGAAGCGCCCGUGAAAAACCAGGGCAAAGGAAACGGCAAGCGGAGGAGCCAGAAGAACUCUGGCAAAGGCAGCACCUCCAGCUGGAGGGCCGUCAAUCGUGACCAAGAGGGCGCAUCGUCAGCCAACUGGCGGGCCGUAAAUCGGGACCCAGAGGGCGCAUCGUCAACCAACUGGCGGGCCGUAAAUCGCGACCCAGAGGGGGCAUCGUCAGCAACAACUGCAGAUGCGCAACAGAGCCCUCAAGACGGUGACAGAAGAUGGGCGCCGGGCAAAGGUGCCAAAAAUGGCAAAGGAAAAGGCAAAAGCAGGAACAAACACAAAGCAGGUGAGACCAAAGAUGCGCGUGUUUCCUCUGUGCAAGAGGAUACGCACAUUGUCGAGAGUCGGCAAGUUCCAGAGUCUGCUUCUGUUGCGGAGCGACUGGCCCAGCAGCUUUCACGAGGCUCCUAUGACUGCAUGAUUUGCCUUGGGAAGGUGAAGCCUAGCAACCCCAUUUGGUCCUGUACACAGUGCUGGGCGGCGUUCCACUUGAAGUGCAUCAAGAGCUGGGUGCGGCGUUGCAACAGUGCUGGCGGAUUGGAGUUCAACUGGGCAUGUCCAGGCUGCCGAUACAACUGGGUUGACCGCAUGCCUGAGUACACCUGCUACUGCAAGAAGGUUCCAGAGCCAGAACUGAAUCCACACUGGUUGGCACAUAGCUGCGGAGAGGUCUGCGAGCGUAACCGUGGCUGUCCACACCCAUGCCCCGAAUUGUGUCAUCCUGGACCUUGUCCACGCUGCACAGCGGUGGGCGGACCUGGCAGCUGUCAUUGUGGCCGGGAGAGAACAGAGACCAGCAGGUGUGGCGAUCCACGGCAAUGGUCCUGUGGCAGCACGUGUGGCCGUGCUUUGAGUUGCGGUCACCAUUUCUGCAAAGCAAGGUGUCACACAGGGCCGUGUCCACCUUGUGCGGAGACUUCGUUGGAGAGUUGCUUCUGCGGAAAGAAUCAGGAGCAAAGGCUGUGUGGCCAUGUCAACUUCUCUUGCCACAAGCCCUGCGGCAGCCGGCUGGAGUGCGAGGAGCACUACUGUGAGCGGGAGUGCCACCCUGGCGACUGUGGCCUAUGCUUGAGAGAUCCUGGCAGAUGGGGCGACCGUUGUGCUUGUGGCAAGAUCACGAACUGCAGUCACGAGUCUGCCCGCUCACGCCUUCUUCGCUUUGUUGGUGAGCGCAGAAGGUGUGCUCAACCACUUGCACUAUGCAAACAGAUUUGCGGCAAGCGGCAUGAGCGUUGUUCCCACACUUGCGAGAAGCUGUGCCAUGAGGGGCCUUGCGGUCAGUGCGCGACCAAGGUGCAGCGGAACUGCAGAUGUGUGCGGACAAAGCGUGAAGUCGUUUGCUCUGAAGUUGAUGAUGUGCUUUGCCAUCAAGUCUGCCGAACAAAGAAGACUUGCGGGAACCACAAGUGCGAAGCGGUGUGCUGCGAGGGGUUCAAUGACCGCAACCACGAGGCGCACAUCUGCCUGCAAGUUUGUGGGCGACCACUGUCCUGCGGGAACCACACCUGCGAGGAUUUCUGUCAUCUUGGCAACUGUCCUCCGUGCCGAGUUGUGCUUCACGAAGCCGUCUUUUGCGCCUGCGGCAAGAACAGCAUCGAGCCGCCAGUGGUCUGCGGCACAGAGCCACCGCAGUGUGACGAACCUUGCGCUCAGCCGAUGGAGUGUGGCCAUACUUGCCCAGCGAAGUGCCAUCAAGGUGACCACCCAUUGUGCUAUGAGCCUGUGGACCGACCUUGUAUAGGCGGUCACACGCAGAUGAAGAAUGUGCCCUGUCACGUUGGGCCUAUGUCCUGUGGUCAGGCUUGUGGCAAGCAAUUGCCCUGCGGACACAGCUGUUCAUCGCAAUGCCAUUCAGGAGAUUGCAAAGCAUGUACGAAGCCGUGCGGGGCAAGGCGUGUGCACUGCAGCCACAACUGCCAGGCGCCCUGCCACGCUGGAUCUCAGUGCGAGGACGCACCCUGCCGGUGCAAGGUCAAGCAGGCCUGUCCAUGCGGGCAGCGAGUGGAGGAGCGCAGCUGCGGCGCCUUCAGCGGUCUGCCGCGCCCGCAGUUCGCGGCGCCGCGUUGCCUUGCCUCUUGCGAGCGACCAUCGCUGCAAUUGCCAGAAGGUGAAGUCGUCAAGUACACAGCUGAUCUCUUGCAGCUGGCGAUGCAUAAUCGGCGUUACGUCCAGAUGUUAGAGGACACAUUCGCCGCCCUGAUGAGCAAAGGUAGAGCCGAGGCGCCCGGUCGUACGCCUCAAGUUCCUUCAAUGCAGGCAGUCGGCACCGCUUGGAGCCCUUGGCUGGCUAUCUUGAACCACUGGGCAUCGAAUGCGCAGGCUUUGCCGCCUUGCGAUGCCUCGCGGCGGCUUUUGGCCAUCGAGUACGCGCGACUCCACUGGCGAUUCAAGACAGCAACAAAAUCUGAUGUUGCCGAGGGCUGGUGGCAGGUGCAAGUUGCGCCUGCCUCGUCCUCCCGCGUCCCACGCCCGCUGCUGUCGGAGAUAGCUGGCGCCAGCUCGAUGUCGGCAGUGUCCAGCCACUUACUCCCGGCCCUGAGUUCCCAGCCAUGCCUCCGCUUUGCGGGGCUGAAGAGUGUGGAUGAGGUGUACGAUCUCGUUGGGCUGGAGGGUUUGCUGGGAGUUCGGCCCGGAGAUGCCGGUGAGGCCAUCGCCUUCUUGGAGCGGGGUGCUCUUGGUGCGGCCAUCUUCAAGAAGCUGACCUCUCAGGAGCCGGGCCAGGAAUUCAUAUCAGUUCGUGGCCAGUCCGCGUGGGGACAGCCAGGCGCCAGCGCAAGCCGGCCGCGGGUGAAGUUGGAGCAGACCCUUACCUCAGGGCCCAGAGCUCCUCGCCCCAAGCCGCAGCUGGAUGCCUGGGAGUCCAAGGAAGAAGCUGUUCCCGAGAACUGGGAAGACAUGUGAGACGAUGUGCCUCUGGGGUGGAGCCGUCAGCAAGGUUGUAAACCAGAAUUCUAGCUGGCCAUUUUUCUCCGUGGAACUCUAGCCACCUGGAGCCUCCAUGACCC